AUGGCUCUGGGCCCUCAACACCCCUCCAGGGGCCCCCGCCUGACGGGGCUGCUGCUGCUGGGGCCCCUCCUGCUGCUUUUGCUCUCUGGGCUGGGGUCGGCGCUGGGCCAGAAGGUCUACACCAACACCUGGGCCGUCCACAUCGCUGGGGGCCCAGAGGAGGCAGACCGCAUCGCCACCAAGCACGGCUUCAUCAACCACGGACAUUUAUGUAAACACAUCCACUGUAAUCAAGCACUCCACCACAUACAGUAUGGUUACAUACGUGGUCACAUUUAUGUUGCGUGUGUGUGCGCGUGCCUUUCCCAGGUGGCGUGGGCGGAGCAGCAGGUGGCGAAGAGCAGGAAGAAGAGAGACAUCUACACGGAGCCCUCAGACCCUAAGUACCACGAGCAGUGGUAUCUGUAUAACAGCAACCACCGCGACCUCAACGCCAAGGGGGCGUGGGAGCAGGGCAUCACAGGGAAGGGGGUGGUGGUCUCCAUCCUGGAUGACGGGAUUGAGAAGAACCACCCCGACCUCAAACAGAACUACGAUCCAGAUGCCAGCUACGAUGUGAACGACGGAGACCCUGACCCCCAGCCUCGAUACACGCAGCUCAAUGACAACAGGCAUGGCACUCGUUGUGCUGGGGAAGUGGCGGCCGCGGCCGACAACGGCAUCUGUGGAGUAGGCGUGGCCUACAAUGCCAAGAUCGGAGGAGUGCGCAUGUUGGACGGCGAGGUGACAGACGUGGUGGAGGCCCAGUCGCUCAGCCUCAACCCUCAGCACAUCCACGUUUACAGUGCCAGCUGGGGCCCCGAGGAUGAUGGGAAAACCGUGGAUGGCCCCGCCAAGCUCGCCAAGGAGGCAUUUUUCCGUGGCGUCACAGAGGGUCGUGGGGGGCUGGGCUCCAUCUUUGUGUGGGCGUCGGGUAACGGCGGCCGGGAGAGGGACAGCUGUAACUGCGACGGCUACACCAACAGCAUCUACACCCUGUCCAUCAGCAGCACCACCCAGAACGGCAACGUGCCCUGGUACAGCGAGGCCUGCUCCUCCACCCUGGCCACCACCUACAGCUCUGGAAGCCUCAACGAGAAACAGAUUGUGACCACCGACCUCAAACAGAAAUGCACCGAAUCUCACACGGGCACGUCAGCUUCCGCCCCAUUGGCUGCUGGGAUCAUCGCCCUGGCGCUUGAGGCCAAUCCCCAACUGUCCUGGAGAGACAUGCAGCACCUCGUGGUGAGGACCUCUAAACCCGCCCACCUCCUCACCAACGACUGGAGGACCAAUGGAGUCGGCCGCCAAGUGAGUCAUUCUUAUGGGUAUGGUCUGCUAGACGCCAGUGCCAUGGUGAGCAUGGCUAAGACCUGGACCAGCACGGGACCCCAGAGGAAGUGUGUCCUGACCAUGGUGGCAGAGCCAAGGAACAUUGGCAGCAACCUGGUGAUAACAAAGACCGUGGACGCCUGCCUGGGAACAGCCAGUCACGUGAGCGCCCUGGAACACGUCCAGGCUCAGCUGACACUGUCAUACAACCGCAGAGGCAAUCUGGCCAUCCACCUCACCAGUCCUCUGGGGACACGCUCCACUCUGCUGGCGCCCAGACCUCGCGACUACUCGUCAGAAGGCUUCAACGACUGGGCCUUCAUGAGCACCCACUCCUGGGACGAGGCCCCGGGGGGCCAGUGGACCCUGGAGAUAGAGAAUGUGGCGGGGGCCAGUGACUAUGGCACGUUGACCCAGUUCACCCUGGUUCUGUACGGCACCGGCUCCGCCUCCCCCAGCUCAUCGGAGAAGGAGUGGUCCCGGGCAGUGAACGGCAGCUGCAAGACCUUCGACCUGCAGCAGAUCUGUGUCGAAUGCAGCGCUGGCUACUACCUCUUCCGGCAGGGCUGUGUGAAGGAGUGUCCAGCAGGCUUCACGGGGGGGUCCCAGCCCGUCAACUUCACCCUGGGGAACUACGCCGAGCCUGCGUCUGUUCCCGCCUGCCUGCCCUGCCAGGCCCCCUGCGUCACCUGCCGCGCCCCCGACCCCAUGGCCUGCCUCUCCUGCCCCCCGCACAGCCACCUGGACCCCGUCACCGCCACCUGCAUCCACCUCAACCAGAUCGAGCGGGAUUCCCCGGGGGGCUUCCUGGUCGGGGCGGGCAGCGCCGGUGGCCCCACCCCGGCCCAGCCCACCUCCAGCCUGCCCGUCACCAUCGCCGUGCUGAGCUGCAUGGCCAUCAUGACCACCUUCGUGUGCGUCUUUGUGCUGCUGCAGAUGCGCUCGGGGGCCACGGUCAAGCUGCCGUCCCUGGAGGCCGGGGCGGCGGGCCUGAGGGAGGGCCUUGGUCUGGGAGGGGCCGGCAGGGUGGUGGCGUAUCGCGGGAUCCCCUCGAUGUGGGGGGAGGACGGGAUGAACACGGACUCUGAGAACGAAGAGUUUGACGGCCACAAUGAGAGGACUGCCUUCAUCAAAACGCAAAGUGCUCUUUAACGCCCCCCCCCUCCCUGUCUUCCACCCCCCCCCCUUUCCCCCCCACUCAUCCGCCCUGUCCCCCCCCCAUAUCUCUAUCGCCCACACCUGUCCACACAUGACAGGUUUAAUCACGGUCUUCUGUGGUCCUAUCCCUCCCCCCUGCUUCCUUGGCUCCCUGGUUCCAGUCUUCCUUGGCCUGCAGGUGACCUGGUGGCAGCCUGCUGUCUGUCUGCCAGGGUCUGGGACAGCCUGAGCGCACUCCCUUCACACUCGACUGCUUUUCUAUUAAACUGGCAGUGUGCCCUCUCUCGCCCCCUAUCAUUUAGAGACACGGAGUGUGUCUGACAGAGAGUGUGUCUGAGCCUCCAUAGGCUCUCAGGGCAUCCCUGUGUCACAAUAAACAAACCAUCAUUGUUUACUCCCACUGUCUCUCUCUCUCUCUCUCUCUAUCUUUUUUUUCAAUGUCAGUCCCAGUGCAGUAGCCGAAUGAGAUUGUCAAAUGAGACAUGACUCUUACGUUUGUAUGCUUGGGGGGGUGCGUGUGUGUGUAUAUACAUGGUAAACAGGUGUGUUGUAAACACACAGCUGAGUUCUAAAUCAUGCCUGUAUCAUCUUUGCCCACAAACUCGGUGCAUUUUGCUCUCCUAGGCACCGCCCCCCCCCCCCCCCUCCCCCCCCCAUCCCCCCAACUUUUCCUCAUCCCAUCAGGGGCUAGGGGAUGCUGGGUUUAAGUGAUUCAUUCAGUUAUAUAAGGUUUUUUCAGUUGUUAGGGCUUGCCACCAUAUCCCCCAUAUAGUUUAGAGCGCAACACUGUCAACGGAGCUGUGCCCAGCACCAACCCCAGAUUCCUUUUGGAUCUGCAAUAAACCCCAUUUCCAAUCACAAUUCUUAUUGACUUCCUCUGCAGGCUGCUAAUUGGCUGUCACAUGAAGCUGGAAAGAGGGUCUUUGAAGAGUGCGUGCGUGUGUGCAGGGCUCAGUGUAACACGAGUGACUUAUUAUUGAGACAAUGGCUUUUCAGCGUGAAAGUCUGUUGAGUGAGAGAGGGGGCUGUGAUGGAGAGGGCUUUCACACGCUGCAAAGCUGACAGAAUCAAAAAGCCCAGCUGGGAACACCAGACCCCCCCUAACCCUGGGCUCUGUCGUAGGCCUCCUUCAACAUGGUUGGAUAAAGAGUCUGUGUUCAGUCAGUCGAACAGUGGCAGUAAUGAUCCCUGAUCCAGUAGUGUGGAUGGAUGUGGGGUGUUUGGGACUGAAGGCCUGUCUGGGAGAUGGAAUUUGUGAGUAUUCUACUCCCCAUCCACUCCGGAAGCUCUGAGGAUCAUGCACCACAUCCACUCUAGAAGCUCUGAGGAUCAUGCACCACAUCCACUCCAGAAGCUCUGAGGAUCAUAUCUCCCUCCCCACCUGCUUCUGAUCAGACAAAGAUAUUAGUAGUUUAAUACACCCCAUAUCAAAUACUGUAUAACACUAUCGCCCAAAACCAUUUUUUUCUAUUCAUAUCUUUUUAGGUGAAACACUUUUUAAAGGGAUUUUUUAGGAGUUUAUGUUUUUUAGGACUCCAACCAUGUGUCUUGUUUCUACAAUCUGCCCCUCUUAAACAAUGUACAUCCCUUCAGACUCAUAUCUCUAACAGUCUCGUCCUGUUUGGUAGAGAUGAUGGUGGACAAUGAUAUUAUGCAUUUUCAGUGCAUAAGUGGGGUUCCCGCUGAUUGGAGUUGUCAUGGCGAUGACGUGCAUGAGCUUGAGGCAGCUGUCCGUUCUGUCCUCAGCCACAGCGAGGUUCCAGAGCAGCAGAACAACCUCGGCGUGCUCGUCAGCCAGGUCACCAUGAGUGGAUACCUACAUCCCAAAAAAGAAACUUCUUGUAAGAAUUUCCACCUACUAGUUCCACUUCGUUUUAAGGCUUUCAGUGACGUUAUCUCAGUGUGUUUGUUUGUGUGUGUGUGUGUGUGUGUGUGUGUGUGUGCGCGCAUGUGCGCGUGUGUGUGUGCGUGCGCCACUGCAUGUCCAUAGGAAUGGAAGAGUCUCUUGGGAACUUGCACCCUCUAGAGCAUAAACUGAAUACUACACCAUCAGAUUGCUGCCCAAGUCCUCACCAAACCUGUCUCAACACUAACUGAAACCUGAAUCUAUUGGAUGGGUAGAAACCUAUGUAAUUGAGAGGCACAUUAAGGUCUAUCAAUGCUGGAUCAUGCUGUAGAUGUGUAACUUGGUGUGUAUGUUAGGGUUGAGGGGGUGAUGGAGAAUAGGGGUAGGAAAUGAGUUCCCGUGUUUCAUUUAACAGGUCUUUAUAAACUGUCUGGAUUGAUGAGCCACGGUGUUGAAAUUAGAUUAUUCAUGGUUUUAUUUUUCUCCAUUGAUUACUUCCAAUCAGUGAAGUAAUUUUGUUCUGUUUACGUUGUCGGUUUUUCCUGCCUUGGAGAACAGUGACUAUCAUCUUCCUACUGUUCUCAGUGGGGAGAGUGGAGGCACUAAGAUGAGCAGUAAUAAUCUGUACGCUUCAACAUACAGACACACACAUACAGAAACACACACAUACACACACACACACACACACACACACAUAGAAACACAUGGAAGCUACAUACAUAAAAACCCACAGCAGUUAUCGGUUGUGGAGGGAGGAGGUUGAGAAUGUAUCCUACCCACACACUUAAGGGCUGAAUCAGAUUGUGUGCGUGUGAAUGUGGCUGUGUGUGUGUGUGUGUGAUAGAGGAAACACACUUCAGGGGGUCUGGCAGGGCAGCUCCAUGAAGCUCUGCUCACCUCCCUCUAUGAGGUCACCUGCGGUGACGGAGAACUGUACCUUACACCCAUGAGGACUAAUGUAACAGAACGACUAUCUUAGACUGGACAUUUAACCCUAAAAUAAGGCCUAUUUUUGUACUAUAUAUAUAUGGUGCAGUGUAAUUUUCUUGUAAUUUAAAGUUUUCUUUUGUUUUUGAUCUUAUUUUCUUUUUAUUUAAUUGAUGUCAAUAUGCGGAUUAUAGAUUCUACGAAAAUAAAGAUCUAUGCAAACUUCAAAA